AUGGCUGCAAAGGAGAAGUUGGAGGCAGUGUUAAAUGUGGCCCUAAGGGUCCCAAGCAUCAUGCUGUUGGAUGUCUUGUACAGAUGGGAUGUCAGCUCAUUCUUCCAGCAGAUCCAAAGAAGUAGCCUGCACAACAACCCUCUCUUCCAGUACAAGUACUUGGCCCUUAAUAUGCAUUAUGUGGGUUACAUCUUAAGUGUUGUGCUCCUAACUUUACCAAGACAACACCUGGUUCAGCUUUACCUGUACUUUUUGACUGCACUGCUGCUUUAUGCUGGGCACCAAAUUUCCAGGGAUUAUGUGAGGAGCGAGUUGGAAUCGGGAUAUGAAGGGCCAAUGUACUUGGAACCUCUCUCUAUGAAUCGUUUCAUGACUGCUUUAGUAGGUCAGCUGGUGGUAUGUACACUCUGCUCCUGCGUCAUGAAAACGAAACAGAUCUGGCUUUUCUCUGCUCACAUGCUCCCUCUGCUGGCACGACUUUGCCUGGUCCCUUUGGAAACCAUUGUCGUCAUCAACAAGUUUGCCAUGAUUUUCACUGGUUUGGAAGUUCUCUACUUUCUGGCAUCAAAUCUUCUGGUGCCAUAUAACUUGGCGAAAUCGGCAUACAGAGAGCUUGUCCAAGUGGUGGAGGUGUAUGGUCUCCUGGCUUUGGGGAUGUCUCUGUGGAACCAGCUGGUCGUCCCAGUUCUUUUCAUGGUGUUUUGGCUUGUCUUAUUUGCUCUUCAGAUCUAUUCCUAUUUCAGUACGCGGGACCAGCCUGCCUCAAGAGAGAGGCUCCUCUUCCUCUUCUUGACAAGGUAA